UUCUUCGUGUUCUCUUCUCCUUUGGGUGGGUUCUUGUUAAUCCUCCUUUUCCACUUUCUGUCCCAUUUCUAGGGUUUCGACCCCCUCUUUCUCAGAUCUAUGGCGUCCGCAGAAGUUGAAUACAGGUGCUUCGUCGGGGGGCUCGCAUGGGCCACCGACAGCGAGGCCCUUGAGAAGGCCUUUGCUCCCUUUGGCGAGAUCAUCGAAUCGAAGGUUAUUAAUGAUCGCGAGACUGGCAGGUCAAGAGGAUUCGGAUUUGUAACCUUCUCGUCUGAGCAGGCCAUGAGAGAUGCUAUCGAGGGGAUGAACGGUCAGGAUCUCGAUGGUCGUAAUAUUACGGUGAACGAGGCUCAAUCUCGUGGCCGAGGCGGCGGCGGAGGAGGCGGCGGAUAUGGCGGUGGAGGUGGCGGAUACGGUGGAGGUGGAGGCUACAGCCGUGGUGGAGGCGGAUACGGAGGCGGAGGCCGUCGUGAAGGUGGAUAUAACCGUAACGGUGGAGGCUAUGGGGGUGGCGGUGGCUACGGUGGUGGUUAUGGUGGCGGUCGUGAGCGAGGAGGCUACGGUGAUGGUGGAUCUCGCUACUCCAGAGGCGGAGGUGCUUCCGACGGUAGCUGGAGGAACUAGAGUUGGUCAAAUAUCGUUGGUAUCAGUAGUUCGAUUUCAAGUUCGAGGGUUGUGUGGGGUUGGGGUGGGGUUUCCGAUUCUGUUCUAGUGGUUACUUCUGGUUGUUCGAAUGUCCUGGUUUCCGAUAUGGGUUCAUGUUCCUGGUUCUCCUUUUUUGACCUCUGAAUUGUGUACUGGUUGUUUAUAAACGAUCAAUAUAGUCAGAAAUUCAGAAUUUCUGCGGAGCAUUAUCAUA